AUGACUUUACAGAUAUUCCUACCUUCAACCGAGAUCCACAACGAAACCUUGCAUGAGGACUUGAAACGUACUGAAGCAAGGCGUGAAGUCUACUUUUACGAGAGUAUAGAAGGAUACAUCGUCUGCAAUGAAGAGAAGCGAAAAUCAGAUGUUAUAGCCUUACAUGCCAGCGUCCACACGCAAGAAUCAAAUAGAGAUGCGAAAUACGAAUCAAACUUUGCUGAGCAAGAUAUUAGUACCAGCUUAACGUUAGACCUGGCUAAUGUUGUAUUUCAUAGCAAAGAGAUAACAGUUUGGAAGUUUAAUCUCCCAGCCGUUCAACCACCAAACAAACGAGUUUCUGGGCCAAACCUACAACUUUCUUGUCGAUUUAUCGAGCACGCUGAACCAGGACUGGUACAAAAUGAAGCUUUUGGUGAUAUAGUGUUGCCAGACUAUAAACCAUAUACACAAGAUAUUGACCACCUGGAUACUUUAGCGCCCGGUGAUUCAAAAAUCACCCACAAUGAAACGGAGACCAACGGAAACAAUGCUGUAAACGAAAACACUGGUCCCACAGCAGAGCUAAACAUUCCAAUAGUUAUGGCUCUAGUCAUAAAAAUGAAAUCGACUAAACCUGCUGGAAGGAACGGCAUGUUAUUGGUUGCUUUAACUAUCGAGCGUUCAGAGGAAAUGGCUGCAGCCCGUAAAAGAGUGGGAGAUAAAUUGUACUUCAAUAUCGAGUCCUUUGACCUAAGUUUGGAUAGCUGUGCAGCCACCCCAAUGAAUGAGCAAUUCCCAUUGCGUAUGGCAUUCGACGACUCGGUAAAUAUUGUAUACAAAUUGGACAACAAUGAGCAAAUUGGAAAAGAGUCCACAAAGCAGGUAUCCAUAACAAUGAAUUCGACUGUUCAACGGAAUGCAGACGGUGUCUAUAAAGAUGUAAGUGACCCCAUUCGAACUAAUUGGAGACCUUGCUUGGACCUUGGUUUGAUUGCCCCACCAAUCAAUAACGCAUUGAAGACUAAUAACAAUACCCCACACCUUCAGUCACAAAUGAGUAAUUCAGUUAAUGGUUCAGGCAAUCGGCAAAGGGCCGCGUUGAAUACUCUAUACAAAAUGGAGAGUCCUACAUUUUCAAGUUUAAAUACAAAUUCAGUCAUUUCUAACGCAAAAAGAGCUAAACUGUUUGUGGCUAGAGAGGCUUCAUCAGUAACGGUAAAUCUAUCCACCAAUAUCAAUUCAUCGUUGGCAGGUUUGAGACUUACAUUUAUAGGAAGAUUGGACAUGAAACAGGGCGUGGCGACGAAGUGGAAAAUGCAGGCUAUUAACAACUCAGUCAAUAGAUUGAAUUUAUCAUUGCUUGUUCAAAAUCCGAUAAAUUUCAAUCCCAUAUACAGCAACGCCGCCCCGAACAACAACUUUUCAUCAUCAAACUUGCUCAACAACGGUAGCGCUCAAAAGGGCCAGGAUAUCAUAAUCUACAACAAGGCACAGCUCUACUCAUUGUACAAUACAUUAAAAGUCAAUGCUGACGCGAAUGGAGUGGUAAUAAUGAAUAAUGAUGUUAGAAUUGGACCUUUGGAUCCACAGACCCUGUUUGAAACAACCUUGACUUUGGUUGGUAAUACCAAAGGUAUCUUUAGUUUGGAUGGAUUGAAAAUAUUUGACGUUGCAACCUGUGACGGAUUAGAUUUUGGUAAACUUAUAGAGGUUUUUGUAGUUUAA